ACAGCUGAACCGACUAGGUCUCAGUGAGACUGUAGCACAAGUUGGCACUUGCAACCAAAUUCGUGAAGCUCUACUUUCUUUAAUUUUCCGGUGUAGCAUUGUUUUUGGAGUAAAUCAACGCGUGUCAAAAGACAGAAGACAAUAUGCUGACAAGUGUACAUCAGAGGGAGAUGUGAAGAACACAUUUUAAAUGAGGACCUCAGUCUCAGCAAACUUGUUUGUUUACAUUUAUUCGCGAGUUACAGGUGAAACAGCAAGGAUCAUCCAUUUAGGGUGAAUAGUUUCAUAUAGGGCAGCCAUGCAUCCUGAUAUCCUGGAGGUUGCCAGCUGGGUGGAGGGCCUGUCCAUGUCCUCCCCCCCAUCAUUACCAGACCCAGAGGAUGAGGAGGAGGAAGAGGUCGAGGCGACACGGGGCAUGAAACGGAUAGGCAGAUAUCGCCACAGUAUUCAGAUGCUGAAGCCUUUCAGGAUCACGCACAAGCAUCAACACCCCGUGGACAAUGCAGGUCUAUUUUCCUUCAUGACCCUACAGUGGCUCUCCCCAUUGGCCCACAGAGCCCACAAAGCGUCCAGCCUGAGCUUGGAGGACGUGUGGGGCUUGUCCUGCCACGAAGCUUCGGAGGUCAACUAUCAAAGGCUAGAGACGCUGUGGCACGAGGAGCUCAAGAGGAAAGGCAAAGAUGGCGCCUCUCUGUCGCGCGUCUUCUGGAGGUUCUGUCAGACGCGCAUGCUGGUCGCCGUCUUCUCCCUGCUCAUCACCAUGAUAGCAGGUUUUAUUGGACCAGCGAUCCUGAUCCGGGCCCUGCUGGAGUACUCCCAGAGCACGGAGAGUUGGCUGCCCUUCGGCCUGUCGCUGGUGGCGGGGAUCUUUGUGACGGAGCUGAUUCGCUCCUGGACGCUGGCGUUCAUGUGGGCCCUCAACUACCGCACGGCCUCACGCCUCCGGGGCGCGGCUCUCACCUUUGCCUUCAGCAAGAUCCUCAGCCUGCGCAACACUCGGGACAUGAGCAUGGGAGAGCUGGUGAAUAUUUGCUCGAGCGAUGGCCAGCGCAUUUACGAGGCCGUCUCCGUGGGCUGUCUGCUGGCAGGCGGGCCACUCAUCGGCGUCCUGGGUCUGUCCUACUCGGCCUACUUCUUAGGACCCACUGCACUCGUCGGCUCCGCCGUCUUCAUCAUCUUCUACCCCACUAUGAUGCUUGCAUCAAGGCUGACUGCGUAUUUCCGGAAAAAGUGUGUGACGAUCACUGACCGACGAGUCCGACUCAUGAACGAGAUCCUGGGCUGCAUCAAAUUCAUCAAGAUGUACUGCUGGGAGUCGGCCUUCGCCAGCAACGUUCAAAAGGUGCGGUCAGAGGAGAGAAAAACGCUGGAGCGGGCUAAUUACGUCCAGAGCUUGACCGUAGGAGUCGCUCCCAUUGUUGUGGUGAUUGCGAGCGUGUGUACGUUCACCCUUCACAUGGCCCUUGGAUAUGACCUCACCGCAGCCCAGGCCUUCACGGUGGUGGCCGUGUUCAACUCGAUGACAUUCGCUCUCAAAGUCACCCCGCUGGCCGUCCGCUCCUUGUCCGAGGGGUCAGUGGCCGCCAAACGAUUCCAGAGACUUUUCCUGAUGGAGGAGAGAGAGCGGAUAUCUCCUAAAGUGGAGGACCCUGAGAACGUGGUGGAGUUCCGCGACGCCACCCUGGCGUGGGAGAUCGCCCGUCCGCCCUCGGCCAAGAAGCCUCAGCCUCGCGGCGGCGGCGGCGGCAUCAAGCGCCUGCUGCGGCGGGAGAAGCUGAGCCUCUUCAUCAGCACGGACGACGGGAAGACCAAGGGAGGGAGCGGCGGCGGCGGUGGCGGCGGGGUCGGGGGCGACGGCGAGAACCCCAACGAGGACCACCUCCUCAGCCACAUGGAGCAGGAGAGCCCGCAGAGCACCAUCUCCUCCACCCAGAGCAUGCGGCCGCCGCUGCUCAAGACCCUGCACCGCAUCGACCUGCGCGUCAAGAAGGGCUCACUGGUGGGAAUCUGCGGAGGUGUGGGGAGUGGGAAGAGCUCACUUCUGUCUGCUCUUCUGGGGCAGAUGACCUUGCUGGAAGGCUCUGUGGCUGUCAAUGGGGGCUAUGCCUAUGUGUCUCAGCAAGCUUGGAUCCUGAAUAAUUCCCUGAGGGAGAACAUCUUAUUUGGAAAUGAGUACAAUGAAGAAAAAUACCAGGCUGUUCUGGAGUCUUGCUGCCUACUCCCAGAUCUGGCUGAGCUUCCCUAUGGGGACAUGACUGAGAUUGGCGAACGCGGUGCCAACCUGAGCGGUGGUCAGCGCCAGAGGGUGAGCAUGGCGCGUGCGCUCUACAGCGAGCGACCCGUCCUCCUCCUGGACGACCCGCUGAGCGCCCUGGACGCCCGCGUGGGCUCCUGCCUCUUCCACAGCGCCAUCCGUGGGGCCGCCAGCAGCAAGACCAUCCUCUUCAUCACCCACCAGCUGCAGUACCUGGCAGAGUGCGAUGAUGUGAUCCUCAUGAAGGACGGGCAGAUAGCGGAACAUGGCACCCAUGCCCAGCUGAUGGCCAGGGAGCGAGAUUACGCCAGCCUCUUCAACAGCGUCCAGCAGGAGAACUUGGUACGCCAGAACCUGAAAAACAAGCAGAACAGCAAAAGUGAGGAGGUCAAGAUCUCCUCACCAGCACCAAAGGCAGUACAGGCUCCAGGCAAGCCAAAAACCGGAGAUCAACUGAUGCAGGCGGAGGAGAAGGGCUCUGGCGCCGUGUCCGGAGCCGUCUACGCCGCCUACAUCAAGGCCGCCGGCGGACCGCUGGCCUUCGUCCUCAACCUCCUCCUCUUCGUCGGCACCACCGGCAGCAUCGCGUUCAGCAACUGGUGGCUGAGCCACUGGAUCAGGCAGGGCAGCGGGGAUGCAAUCUUAUUAGAGGGAAAUGAGACCAUUGCCAGUGACAGCAUGCGGCUCAACCCUCACAUGCAUUACUACUCCAGAAUCUAUGUGCUGUCCAUGGGAGUUGCUGUCCUUUUGAAGACCCUGAGAGGCUUUGCGUUUGUCAAGUGCACCGUUAAAGCUGCCUCGACUCUCCACGACAAGCUGUUCCAGAAGCUGCUUCUCAGCCCCAUGCGGUUCUUCGACACGACGCCACUGGGGCGGAUCCUGAACCGAUUCUCAAAGGACAUGGACGAAGUGGACGUCCGGCUGACCAUGCAGGCAGAGAUGAUGCUCCAGAAUCUGUCCAUGGUGCUGUUCUGCAUGGGCAUGGUCAGCGUGGUGUUCCCCUGGUUCCUGGUGUCCAUCCUGCCUCUCGGUACCUUCCUCUUCCUCAUCAACCGCAUGUCGAGGGUGCUGAUUCGGGAACUGAAGCGACUAGAGAACAUCACACUGUCUCCGUUUACGUCUCAUCUGACGAGCAGCGUACAGGGUCUGUCUACCAUUCACGCCUUUGGCAGAAGUGGUGAUUUCCUGCAGAGGUAUCAAGAGUUACUGGACGCCAACCAGGCCCCCCACUUCCUGUUCAGCUGUGCGAUGCGCUGGCUGGCCGUGCGCCUGGACCUGAUCAGCAUCUCGCUCAUCACCCUCACGGCGCUCCUCAUCGUCUUCAUGCAGCACCAGAUCCCCCCGGCGUACGCCGGCCUCGCCAUCGCCUACGCCGUGCAGCUCACUGGCCUGUUUCAAUUCACCGUCAGACUCCUGGCCGAGACGGAAGCCAGAUUUACGUCAGUGGAACGAAUCAAUCAUUACAUAGAGAACCUGGAGUCAGAAGCCCCCCGUCAGAUUGCUGACAAAUCCCCUCCCAACUCCAACUGGCCUGAACAGGGAGGUGUCCAUUUCCAGGACGUGGAGAUGCGUUACCGUGAUGACCUGCCGCUGGUCCUAAAGAAGCUCUCGUUCCGAGUCCUUCCGGAGGAAACCGUUGGAAUAGUCGGUCGCACUGGCUCAGGGAAGUCCUCCCUGGGAGUCGCCCUGUUUAGGCUGACAGAGCUGAGUGGCGGCUCCAUCUUCAUUGACGGCGUCAACAUCGCUCACAUCGGCCUGGAGGAUCUGAGGAGCAAGCUGUCAGUCAUCCCCCAAGAGCCUGUGCUCUUCAUCGGCACUGUCAGGUCCAACUUGGACCCGUGGGGUCAGUACACGGACGAGCAGGUCUGGGACGCGCUGGAGAAGACGCACAUCAAGGACAUGGUGAGCCUGCUGCCUCUCUCGCUGCACUCGGAGGUGACUGAGAACGGGGAGAACUUCUCGGUGGGGGAGAGACAGUUGCUGUGUGUGGCCAGAGCACUUCUCAGACACAGCAAGAUCUUGCUGCUGGAUGAGGCGACAGCAGCCAUCGACUCCGAGACGGACCGUUUGCUUCAGGAGACCAUCCGUCACUCUUUCAAGGGCUGCACCACCUUAGUCAUAGCCCACCGUCUGAACACUGUGCUGGGGUGCAAUAGAAUUAUGGUGCUAGACCAGGGACAGAUUCUGGAGUUCGAUACCCCCUCUAACUUACUUGCAAAUGAGAACUCUCGCCUGCGCGCUAUGAUUGAGGCAGAGGAUGGGAAGCUGAGUCACUCUCAAGAUAACUGAAAAAGCCACAGAGGAUCUCUUCUUCAAGACCACCGUCCCCCAUCUCUCUCUCUACACACACACACACACACACACACACACACACACACACACACACACACACACAGAAAGCGAGAUGGCUCCCUCGGCCCCAUCUUUGAGUUUUAGUUGUAAUCCUCUUACAAAGUAAGAGUGAGACAUAUACAGUAUGUGUCAGAUAUAUAUAUCUGUUUCACUUGACUGCUUGCAGUGAGAAAGUGUGGGCUCGGUCUUCUGUGUUCCACAAGAUAUCUAAAGACACUGUGUGCAUUGAGUUCAUUGUUCCGUUUUCCUGUUCAAAAUGUUCAGGAGUUGUUGAGGGUAGGGGCAAUUUUUGAGGCGUAGUUUUAAAAUGGCACCUUAAUUAUUCUGUAAUGAAAAUGAAGUGGAAAAAGUGCCUUGUGGUGUGUACCUCCCUCUAAAGACAGUGAUUGUGAAAGCCCAGUAUGUGCAAUCGAUGAUCAAAAACUAAUAAUUCACUGACAAUUUAUUUCAACUGGCUGAAAUGUCAUUUUGCACAAUUUUCUGUUUUGUUAUCAUUUAUUGAGAGGUUGAACAGUGAGCGUUACGUUGCACAAAUGUCCACUGGAUCAGCCAAAGGCUGAAAAGUUGUCUGUAAACAUCCUCAAAAGAAUCAUUCCACGUUUUUUCAUCAAGCAUCACCAUUGAGCGGUGCAUACCAAUGGCCAGAUAUAAUCGUGUCUGAAGGUGUUUUCAAAUUUAUGGCAAGGUGCAUAGCAUUGUUAGCUGUGUGCUACGACUGUUUUAAAAUGAAGUUAUAGUAAUAUAUCAUUUGAAAUACUUUCUGCGGGAAGGGUUAUUUUAUUGUAGAAGCUUUUAUAUGAGAAUGACCAUUUACUUUUCUAUCUGCUUGCAAAUGUUUGACAUUUCUCACUAUACAUAUUUUUUGUUAUUAUUAUUACAGAAAUGUUAUGGUGUUGGCACACUGAACGGUUAUAUCCAUACUCUUGGAUUGUUUUCUUUUUUUAUGUAAAAGAUCAGUCAGGACAGGUGAUCAGGUGAUCUUAAGCAGGUCUGAUGUAUUUUGUUUGUCCUGUUUCAGGUCUUGAGGUGUGAGUUGUUUCAGAGGAAUUGUAUGAAAAUCCAUGUUUCUACAUUUGCUUCAAUCUUGGAGUGUAUGUGGGAUAUAGCCAUUAUUCUUAAAUACCUCCUGGAGGGGUUGCAGAAUUGUACAAUACUCAACCCCUCUAGUAUCAUCAACACAAGUUAAGCCAGUCUUGGUUUGGUACAGAUUGUAAUUUAGUUAAAUGUUUUUAUUGCAGCAAUAUCAUUGUGUUAAACUCGUGUUAAACAGUUCACCCUUUUCUAUAAGUUCCAGAAUUUGUUGUUAACUUGUUGUUAACUCUGUUGCUGAAUUUGCAGUUGCAAUUAAGCACCUGCACGGGCCAUAGGCUAUGUCUGCUUAAAUGCAAGUGAUUACACUGAGAAAGUUGUUAGUCAGCAAUGUUGUUAUUGUUGCUUGAGAUAUGAUGCCUUGUUUAUGACCUGAGAUUGUGAUUUUACAAUUGUCUACGAUUUUGUAUGUUCUAGCAGAUACAAGGAUGCUUCCUCAAUAAAAUAUUUUAU